GGGCCAGGAGCAAAAAAAAGACUUAUUUUUAAUGAAAUUAACUCAUUUUCUCUACUUUUGUGAUUUAUUAUAAAUGUUUCUCUAGUUUCAUUAAAUACAUAUAAUAAUGUCUAGAGACCGUUUUAAGGACUGAGAGAUCCAUCUUAAUGAAAACAUUUCUGCAGAACAUUUCACUCAAGUAACAGAACAAGGCAUUUGUUUGUAAUCCCCUUCAGUCUAUUUGCUUUUACAAAUGAUAUCCGCUUCAUCACACGUGUCAAGUGGCCUAUUUCAUCAAUAGACAAAUAUGGUUGUCCGUUCUUUGAAAAACCAACCACCUCGAUCGGCUUUCGCAAGAAAUGUCAGCAAACUGCAAAAACCAUACCGCCGAUUUUGCGUUUCUCCACUCAUGAGAUAGCAUCUCUUCCUACACCUCUUUUACGGACAUUUUUCAAGUGGGCAAACUCUUGCAAGACUACGCUCGUAACAUUUUGCCCCUCUUCUCCAUGUGUAUUUCAGCAAAUCAGGGUGCAGUUCAUCUAUCACGUGUCUUGAUGUCAUAGACAUCUUUUGAAAUACGUCUCAUAUGUCUCAGAGUCUUGUUGGCAGAAGAAGAAAAGUUUCUGAUUGUCAGUCACUGGCCUGAGCCAACAAACAUAAACUUUUACAGCCCCAGGCCAUCGAGCCAUCGAGGCAUACUAAUAUCUGAGUACUCAGACUUUUAUUUUUACUGUUCUGUAUAUUCUUGUUUUAUAACCUAUAUCAGAAAAGAAAAUAGGAUUGAGAAAACACAUUUUAGAUAAUCUCUAAUGUGAAAUAUAUUGUGUUACAUGUAUGAUUUAUUCCUUGAUUAGGGGGAGUUGAGGAAAUCAGUGUCAGAGCAGUUUCACAAAGUUGUGUGGCAAACAUGCAGCCAAAGCACAACGUCACUGUUUACUAGUGCACUGUGUGCCCUCUUCCUCCCUGUCAUACCAAAAUUCAUUAUCAUCCUAAGUGGAUAGUGAGUGAAAAAUAGCAGUCAUGCAUGAUCUGAUCACUAUUUCACAUCCUGGCGUAAAGGCCAGGGAGUGGAGUUGACCCUCCUCUAGCACUGACAGUACAGCGUUAGCUAAUAAGGAGCGUGCAGCAUCAGGCCGCUGGAUGACUGUCAUAAUCCACUUUUGAAAUAUGUUAAAACGAGGCGUGAGUUUCUAGACUGUCUGAGACAUUCUUUAUUGCCGCAUAAAAACUCCGAUGUGAUCUGAGGGCGCGACAGUCGCCACUCGAGCCCCACACAAAGAAGUUGAGCGACCAGCUGUUCCUCCGUAAUAGAAAAGACAAAUCUAUAUUCUCAAGAUGAGAGCUGCUUCUUACACCCAGAAGAGCCUGCAGGUAAGCGGCUCAAACAGCAGGGUAAGGGUUCAGAGCCCAUCGCCCUCCCGGUGCCGUGGAUCCUCAUACGACAGCCGUGGUCGCUCUGGUUAUCGUGGCACUGCUGUUGAGUUGGGCACAGAGAUCCACCAGCAACAUGCCAAUGAGAAAGAGGAGAUGCAGGAGCUCAAUGUCAAGUUUGCAGGCUACAUCGAGAAGGUCCAGGCGCUUGAGCAGAGAAAUGCUGCCCUUCAAGCUGAACUGGCUGCACUGCAGGGCCGCUACAAGGGAGGCCCCACAGGCAUCGGAGAGGAGUAUGAGCUCAAGUUUAAAGAGGUGCGUGAGCUGAUUGAGACCCUGACCAAUGAGAAGGGAGCUGCUGAUAUUGAGCGUGGUUACAUCGAAGAAGAGGUUGAAGUGUGGAGACUAAAGCUGGAGGAGGAACUGGCUCUCAAAGAAGAGGCUGAAAUGAUCCUGACGGAGUUCCGCCAGGAUGUGGACAAUGCCACACUCCAGAAAGCCGAGCUGGAGAAGCGCAUAGAGCAACUGGUGGCCGAGAUAGAGUUCCUCAAGAAGCUGCAUGACGAAGAGGUGGCUGACAUCAUGAAGCAGAUCGAGGACUCAAAGAUUACAGCAGAGCUGGACGGCGAUCGGCCUGACCUUGCUGCCUAUCUACGUAAUAUGCGCGCAGAAAUUGAAGCUGUCGCUGCUCGCAAUGUCCAGGAAGCUGAGAAGUGGUACAAGGGCAAGUUUGACACCCUCAAAGAGCACGCAGGCAAACACGAGGAGCAUAUGAAGACCAUGAAAGACGAGAUCUCGAGCUUCCACAACCAAGUGACAGAUCUGCAGAACCAGAUCGAUGGGUUGAGAGCUCGUAACGCAGCCCUGGAGCAGCAGCUGGAGGACAUGGAGAUGUCCCACAUGGAUAAGGUGGGGACCUUUGAGGGUGUCAUUGCUCAGCUGGAGGCCCAGCUCUGCGAAACCAAACUGGAGAUGACCAAGUAUCUACAAGACUACCAGGAACUACUGCACAUUAAGCUCAAGCUGGAUGCUGAAAUCGCCACCUAUAGGAAGCUGCUGGAAGGGGAGGAGGUGAGGCUGGGGAUCGCCAAAGAUGCCUAAAGGUCUUUGACGGGUGGAGUCAACAACGGCAACGGAAGAGACCUGCAGAACAUCGAGGAGAGGAAACAUCGGCUAAUUCUACUUAAGACUCAAGAAUAUUCCCCGUCUUUCCUGAAUGUACCCUCUUUACUCCAAGGGCUGGGUAUUGUUAAACCUUUCAAUUGAUCAGCGCUGAGAUAGAAAAUUGUAGUUCUUUGGUGGCUUUUAGAAAUGACAUCCAGUGAGUCUCACGAGUAAACUUUCCUAAAAGGUUUGAUUCAAAUCAGAACUUAUCUGAUCAAAAUUUGUUGUCAUGAUUCUGCAUUUCAGAGUCUUAGUUCCUUGGUACUGCAGACACAUUUUGCUCAGUACUUAAAAAAAAUAAAUAAAGGACCACAAUACACAGCCCUACUUCCCCAUUACUCACCCUACCUGACCCCAUUAUCCUUACCUCUCUGCUAACAAUGCUUGCUUCCAAAUUCCUCUUCCUGUUCAUUUUUUACAUCAUUUCAAAACAACCUCCCUUCUCCUUCUUGUGCCUUUCCCUAACCAGUUCAACCCUGUCACUCCCUGUCAUCCUCACCCCCCUUCCCUGAUCUGGUUUCAUCACAGCCCUCAGGUCUCCUCGGUCAUACCCUUUUCCUUUCGUCUUUUCUUACGAACUCUUUCACCCCCCCCUUUCCCUGCCAAACCAGACACACUGUUGUCUGUCACUUGCCUUUCUUUGUCAUAGUGAGACUGCUUCUUGUGAUCCAACUUUAGAAUCUCACCUUCUUCUAAAGCAGACAGAUAUCAUCAGUAUUGUGACUGGUCUGGAUUGCCCUUUGAUUAUCCCUAACGUUUUGACAAGAGAGACAUGUAUUGACCAAUUCCACUAAUGUUGACCAACUGUAACUUAAUAAAGAUUGAAGUGAGUGCAAACA